AUGGCGGGCAUCGGAAACUUGAUCCCUCUGAUCAUCUUGUUGAUCGUUGUCGGGGGCGGUGGGUUUGUUGGGUAUCAGGUGUAUCUCUGGUCGGAGGAGAUGAAGGACAGAGGAAAGAAGCACAUGGAGAAGAAGAACGUGAGCUUCACAAAAGAUGGUGGGCUGAAGGUGGGCGUGAAGGAGAUGAAGGACGAGAACUAUAUGGAUAAGACACAGAAAACUACCGAACUACAAGUCCCGGCUGGGCUGGAAUAG